AUGGUCGUCUACGUGAGUUCUGUGAGUUUUCCCAAAAUGCACCAUCCAUUGAUUCCCAAAACGCACCAUGAGAUGGGUCGUUACUACAUAAAAAAAAGCACAAGAGGAAAUUAUAGCUCAGAAAAUUUGAAGAAAGCUUUGGAGGAUUUACGUGAAGGUCAAUCAUAUCACAGUGUUUCAAAAAAGUAUACUAUACCAUGUCGAACACUUCAAAGACAUAUGAAAGGCACUAUCCGACAACCAGGAUGUAUAAAGCUUGGUAGAUUCCGACCGAUUUUAUCGGAUGAAAUGGAGACAGAAAUUGUCCAUCAUGCAAUUGAAAUGCAACAACGAUUUUAUGGCCUCACACCAAUGGACAUUCGGAAACUUGCCUUCCAGUUGGUGGAAAUGAAGAAGUUGCCUCAUCCAUUUAAUUCUACUAAACAAAUGGCAGGGAAUAAAUGGUUGCUGGGAUUUAUUGAACGUCACCCAGAGUUGUCAGUUCAUGAACCGGAGGUCACUAGCGUGUCUCGUGCAGUUGCAUUCAAUCGUCCUCAAGUUUCAAGAUUUUUUAAUAUCCUAAAAAAUGCACUUGAAAAAGAUUUAACCAUGGAUGGUUCAAGGAUUUGGAAUAUGGACGAAAGUGGUGUGACGACUGCCCACAAGCCUAGGCGUAUUAUUGCCAAGAAGGGCACUAAACAAGUUGGCAAGAUUACGAGUGGAGAGAAGGGGAAGAAUGUAACAGUAAUAUGCGCAGUAAAUGCACAUGGAUCCUAUUUACCACCGGCAAUGAUUUACCCACGAGUAAGGAUGAAUCCUCAGUUGUUAAAAGGAACAUUAGGCUUUGCAACCAAAAGUGGUUGGACAGACUGUGAGGUUUUUGUGAAGUGGUUAAAGCACUUCACAGAUGUUGUUAAGUCAACCCUGGAAAGAAAAGUCAUACUUCUAGUAGAUGGACAUGCUAGCCAUAAAUCACUAGAAGCCAUUACAUUUGCCAGAGAUCAUGGUAUAGACCUUAUCAGCUUCCCUCCACAUUGCACUCACAGGAUCCAACCACUAGAUUUAACUUUUUUUGGUCCAUUGAAAGAAUAUUAUCGAAGUGAAUGUGACAAGUGGAUGAUCUCAAACCCAGGAAAAAGAAUCUCUUUCUUCGAAAUUGCAGGAAUUUUUGGGACUGCAUACAUGAAAUGUGCAACUAUUGACAAAGGCGUUUCCGGUUUUAGAAGUGGAGGAAUCUGGCCAUACAAUAACGACAUCUUCACAGAUGCAGAAUUUGCACCAUCAUUGAUGACUGAAAACAACUUAGUCAUAGACACCGUGGUUGCAGGUUCAUCAGUUAUAGACACCGUGGUUGCAAGUUCAUCAGUCGUAGACACCGUGGUUGCAAGUUCAUCAGUCGCAGACACCGUGGUUGCAAGUUCAUCAGUCGUAGACACUGUGGUUCCAGGUUCUUCAAUUCAGGUCAUGAUACAAUCAUUGUCUCCAUUACCAAAAGCCGAGCCUCGAUCUGGAAAAAGAAAGGCUGAAGCAGCAGAAGCACUGACAUCAACACCUUUCAAACAAGCUCUGUUGGAAAAGCAUCAACUGCAGCAAAUGAAGGUAGAAAAUCAAGCCAGAAGAAAAUUAAUUCUUAAAAAAAAGAAGCUGAAGAAAACUGUGGCUGCUUCUUUGGCUGCUCGAGGGAAGAAAGCUCCUCCACAAUCUGCUUUUUCUACAACCAAGAAAACUGUGCCAAAGAAGAAAAUUGUUGACAGUGACAAACGCACGCCGAAAAAUAAAGAUAAUGAAAUCUGUCCAGGAUGUGAUGAGGUGGGUGGAACAGAAGAUUGGAUUCGGUGCAGUGGUUGUAAUGUAUGGUGGCACGAACAGUGCACGUCUUAUGAAGGGAUUAGAGGAUUUGUUUGUGAUUUUUGUUGA